CAGUUUCAGUCGAGCAACGCAACUCGAACGCAACGGUACAUGAACGGCGGACGGCUAGCGAACUCAGUGUCCCGUCGACAACAACUCUCUCCAAACACCGACUGCAGUUUAAUUAAAUAAACACUACCAUUUAUUUUUUUUCAAGUUGAAUACAUCGAAGUAACAGUUGCAUAGAAUACCAUUUUUCAAAGCCCCCCUAGUAGUGCUAAAAAUCCCCGAAAAAUCAUCAGCCGCAUUUUGAAGUUACGUCAAAAGGAGUCGCGCAAGAGGAAGAGCCAACGGAGAGGAGAAAGGUGGAGGAGAGAGAGAGCCGAAAAUAAAGAAAGAAAAUAACAACAAAGCAGACGCACGCGACAGGAGUAACUGUAAAUGUGAAAGGAUAAAAUAGGAGAAAGUAGAAAUCAGCAAAGGAACUUUUAUUUUUUUUUGGCGCGUCGUCGCCGUCUGCUUUUUGUUUUUAUUAUUUUUUCUCUCUGUGCCUGUGCCCUUGUUGAUUGCUUUGCAGCCGGCUUUGGCCAAAAGGGAGGGAGCGAUAAAGCGAGGAGGAGGCAGAGGCGACGGAACACCCACGACGGCUUAUGUAAAGCGUGCUUAAAGCGUGCUAUGGAAGCAUGUCGUCCACUUCCAGCUCCGUGCUAGCGUUGUCAUCGUUUAAUCUAUUAUUUUUCACCCAAGUGCUCACGGUACUCAGCUCUACGAUCAAGUACAACGAAUACGCGACGGACAAGGGCGGCAAUGUGAGCAUACCCUGCAUAGCCCAGGGAAAUAUUAUGUGGGUGAAAGAGCACGGCAACAACAGCACGAUAAUCCAGACUGGUCGUGUUUUGGUGCUGCGCAAUGUGAGCACUACGGAUGCGGGAAUUUACGUAUGCUUCGCCUCAGUGCCACGCCCAUCAACAACAACAGCAAUAUCAGCAACUACCUCACCGCAAAGUCAGCAGGAGAAAGAAACGCAUCCAGUGGUGGAUGAUGAGGGGGAUGGUACCAGUAAGGAAUCCCAAGGCGAGACCGAAUCCCAGAAGGACUCCCAGCAGGAACCCCAAGUGGAGGACGCGGUGGAGGAGGAAGUGGAGUACCAGGCCCAGCAGCGAACCAGGCUCACCGUUCGCACCGUUCCGGGUCCGGUUUCGCAGCUGUACUUCAAGGCCUCCACCAUACUGGGCUUCCUCAUCUGGCGCUUCAACAAGACCCAGUCCGGGGGCUAUCCGGUGCGCAGCUUCACGGCGGAGUAUCGCAAUGUGUCCUACAAAACGCCGCCGGUCAAUGCCAGUUUCGAGCAUGCCUGGAGCAGGAUGGAUCCCAUCAACAUAGCCUUCAAUGUGCGCCAAAUGGAGGUCUAUCGCCUGGCACCCAACACCACCUAUGAGUUUCGGAUAUGGGCCAACAACGAGCUGGGCAGCGGCGAGGUGGUCACCACCAACGUGACCACGCUGCCGGAAACCAAGGAGGAGGAUCUCAUACGCCUUAUAAAACCCGACCUAGACAAUUUCGACCCACGCAUUUGGAUAGUGGCCGUCAGCAUAGUGCUCGGAACCCUUGUGAUAUUAGCGAUCGGACUCUGCAUUGUGCUCUCCAAGGAGUGCUAUCAGUCGGCGCAAAUGGAACUGCAAGACGGUUGGGACAGCAUUGAGCUUAUACCGAACAUAAUACUUAAUCCCGGUUUCAGCGAGUCGGAUGGCGGUCAGGGUCAGCAGGGUGGUGGGGGUGGUGCUGGUGGUGCAGAUGGGCAGGAUGAUCCGGAUGAGGGGGACGAGGACGAUGUGGCCAUGCCCUUUCCGCGCACCAUCAUCUUUGGCCAGCACCAUCGGACGCCUCCACCGCCACGCCUGCAUCUGCCGCCGCAGAAGCACCACCAGCACCACCACCAGUAUCUCCACCAGCAGCACCACCGGCGGCAGGACGAGAACGACGACGACGACUACGAGGAGGAGCACGAGCCCACCAUGGAGCGGUUCAAGCGCAAAGUUUCCGUCUUCUUCACCGGACCCACCAUCAAGCGCAUUUGAGACGUAUUUGAGUACAAACACUGGUCACCUAGGUUGUUGCAUUGCGGUUUGAUAAUUGGAUAGUUGGGAUCCAGAUCCAGAUCCAGAUCCAGAUCCAAAUCCAAGUCCAGAUCCACUGACGCAUAGAGCUUAUCGAUCGAAACUUUCGUUUUCAUUUCGGUUUCUCCUGUCUAAGCUUGAAAAAUGAAAUACCCAACAAAACGCACUAUAGAGCGAAAUACCAUCCCCUUGAUUUAUUGCUCAUCGUUAUGCUUCUCCCCCGGAUCACAACUAUAUAGUAUAUAUAUACACGUAUUAUAAAUAUAAACCAAAACAAAUAUAUUGCUGUGAUACAAAUUCAAUUGAACGGACAUUGUAAGGAUUUACCAUAAAGCACACGAAACACCAAUCCAGUUAUUAGCCCUCAUGUAUUUGCUGAAGCUCGUAGAUGCAUCAUACCCACAUUGGAUUUUGCCUAGUUCAACACGCUAUUUGAGUUACAGCAACUGGAUAACACGGAUCCAGAUAUAAACGAUAUCGCUUAGAGCCAUGAUAACAAAACACAUGAAAGAGAUCUGGUACCAAGUGCUAAAUAAAUUAUAUAUACCCAGAAAUGGUCCGUUUGUCUGAAAAUGAUCAAUAAAAAUGCUAGAUCUUACGUUUCCUUAAGAAUAUUUACAAAUGGUUUUAAAAACCAAUUCAAAGUAAAACACGUUUCUUGUACACAUAGUCGAUAGUAACAGAUCUCCAAUAGUCCAGACCCCCGACUAUAUCGUUCCAAACUUGUCUUGCUUUUGAUUAUGUUUUUAAGAUUUAACAAACUGUGAAACAAUUUUAUAAUUGAGCAAAUAUUUUGCACUGUAGAGCGCACCAAACGAUCUAUAUAUAGAUAUAUAAAUAUAUUAAAAACCGAUGAAAAACGUUUGAUAAACAUUUUAAAUAAACGGCAAAAUGCCUUGUGCUUUAGUUCGGCCUCAAAGCUAAUUAACUUGAAUAUGAUAUGAUAUAGGAAUAUUUAUGAACGUAGUUAAAGUAGCCGGGAAACCAAAUAUUCAAAACGAAAUAAAUAAAGAAAAACUGCUUCCACUCACAGAAAACAAAAUUGAAACAAUGAAAUUGUUAUAAAAGAUAAAUCAAAACUAAUUUUAAACAAGCGAAUAAUGUGUAUAUACCGAUGCAAAAUAUAUAUAUAGAGAA